AUGGACUCGGCAGCCCUCGGCGCCAUUUUGGUGUACUAUAUAUAUACACCAGCGCGAGUAGUUAAAGCUGGCAAGUCAAUACUGACGGAUAAAGAUCUUGAGACAAUUCUGAAUGAUAGUGACUUCUACUUGAGCGAUGAUGAGGAAGAAGUCGUCCUUGAAGUCAAUGACACAAUUGAGGCAAGUGAUGUCGAGGAGGCUGUUCUUGAGCCGCCAGACGCAGAUCCAGUUCCUGAUACCGUUGAAGAUAAGUCUAACGAUGAUGUACCUUUGUCCAAAAUAAGAGACCAGCUACUUCAGAAGCACAACAAAGACAAAAAAACAGAAGAAAAAUGGAAAAGAGGAGUUUUUGAAAAUCGAGAAGAAGUCUACCUUGAUCCGGAAUUGCAGGUACAAGAUGAUCAUGAGUAUUGGUCACCGCUGAACUAUUUUUUGGAAUAUUUCCCAGAUGAGUUUUGGGAAAAUUUGGCAGAACAAAUCAGUCUACUGGAUCAUUUACUGACACAAGGAAUAUUGGGAACGGGAACAAUUAUGAACAACCGGAUUCCACGAGAUUUUAGAAACAAAAUGAAAAAUGAUAAAGAGCUGCUCUCAGAAGGUCGCGGUUCCUUCCACGAAUUCAUAAGAGAAGACAAAAAAUGUACCAUUCUCAAAUGGAUGGACAACAGAUCAGUUACAAUGGCAUCAUCAUCAACAGGUUCUGCACCGCAAACAGACGUACGUCGAUGGGAUAAAAAGAAUUCAAAAUAUAUUUUUGUCCCAUGUCUAAAUUCUGUAACUAGUUACAACCGUUCUAUGGGAGGAGUAGACCUGUGUGAUAGUCUAAUAUAUUAUUAUCGAAUCUGUAUGCGAACCAAAAAAUGCCCAGUAAGAGUUUUCUGGCAUUUUAUCGAUCUAGCAAUCACAAAUUCAUGGAUCGAAUACAGACAAGGCUGCAACGGAGAUAGGAAAAGCUCAAUCAUGGAUUUACUUGAAUUCAAACUGUAUAUUGGAAAAUGUCUUGCCCUUGGGCCACAAACAACAGUUUCCCAAGAUCCUAGACCAUCCACCCCAGAUGAAGAAUCGAGCCGACCUGCUAAAAAAUGCAAGAAGUCGGAGAUACCACCAAGAGAUGUUAGGACCACUGGGAAUGAACAUUUACCAAUAUGCAGUGUAAAUAACAAAAAUUCCUAUAUGCGCUGCCGUAAUCUAGGUUGUACAAAAAAACAAGAUUUUUCUGUGUAA